AUGGCCAACCAGAAGGAUUCGACCAAAAUCCAGAAUAGCGGAGAAUCAGUGUAUCAAGAAGAUUAUAACUAUCUGGCAGGAUCGGUCAAUCAAAAUGGCGAUGUCGUUGUAAAAGAACGCCAUCAGACUAUGCCACAUUCUAAUCAGGGUAAUCCACAUCUAUUCGAUAAGAGUACGUACCAGAACCAGCAGGAUUUACCUUCGCCUAAUGCUUCGUCAUCGUACAAUCAACCGUCGCGAUCGUCAUUUUAUCAGAGCCGUAAUGAAGGUAGACAAUUACCUCAUGGCAAUCGUGGACUUGUAGAACAAGUUUCUGCAGGUGAAGGCGAUCCUAAUUUAUCUCCACUUAUUAUAGGAUCAGAGUCGGAAGAUAAUCUUCCACAUUCGCCAUUAUCUACACAGUCGACCUUGUUAUCGUCAUUUAUGUUAUUAGACCGCGAUGAUGAUUUACCAGCAUUAAUGAGCUUUAUGGAAGACCGGCAAUGCCAUCUUGCGCUGAUGUUCUGGAAAGCAUGUCUACGUUAUAAACAAUGUCAUCAACUAGCUCAGCGCCAUGAUAUUGUCAAAUCGAUUUUAGCUACUUGUUUUAACUCUAAACCCAUUUGUCCUGGAUUACAACCUCAAGAUCAGGAUGCAAUCCGGGAUAAAAUAACAUAUGAUUGUCUGGAAGAUAAUUUAUUCGAUGGAUCAUUAGAGCAAGUGACAAAUUGGAUAAGACAAGAAAUAUUACCCGCAUUCUAUCAAUCACACUCAUUUCAACAGAAACAACAAUAUCAUCAGUCUAUGCCUAAAGUUAAAUCGCCAAUUACACUCUUCACAAACUUAUCACCUUUACCAGAAGAGGAAAUUUCCACUUUUGAAACGGAUGAUCUUGGUAAGCAAUAUGUAGAUCAUACUAAGGAACAAGUGGAAAACCAAGAAAUACUCCAACAAGAUACGUAUAUUGAAGGUGCUGCUUUAAAGUCAAAUGCAAUGAACAAGACGAUACCAAAUGAAUCAGAUAAACCGAUAAACGAGCGAAGAAAGGGAAUAGCAACUGAAAAUCAACGCGAUAGGCUUGAUUUAUCUACUAUCGUUAUCAAUAAAGACGACGGCUUUGAUUAUAAAGCCCAGAAAGAAAAAGUGAAAUUAUUAAACAGAAAAGGACCAUCGCGGCGUCAAGGCGAUGCUCGUCAUGGUGGCAGCGACCCCCAAGGAUUCUUUGCUCAACUAGUACAAAGAAUCGAUGAGAAAAUACUACGGCCAGGAUCGAAUGAUGACAAUAAUAACAGUUCCCAUCUACAGCAGGGACAGGCACGAAAUCAAAUUGGUUCGCACAGAAUAAGGCAACCACCACAACAACUAUUGAUUACACCGAAUAAUCGAACUACAUCCACCAAUUCUUUAGUCACACCACACAGCUAUGGAGUAGACGAACUGCAAUCAUGUGCUGACUCAAUAACGGAUUAUUCAUCUACAUCUGAUCUUAGUUCUGUUAAUUCUCAGGGUGGUUAUUGUAGUAGUCGACAUGAGCGAUCAGCUGAUAAUAGUAGCAGAUCAGUUAGAAAUGCCGGAAUGAUUAUUAAUACGCAACCGCAGCGUCUUAUGAGAAGUUGUGGUGAAACUUCAAUAUCCAAUGGUAGACCAACGCUAAUCCCAGUGCAUCGUAUCUCAGAAGGAAAUGGAGUAGUAGUUUCCAAUAGCAGUAGCCGUUAUUCCUCUCGUGACUUUGAUGAUAUUAUUAGCAUGACCGAUUCGGGAAUUGUAAAGUAUAGGAAGCGAGAUCUCUCCUGUCGUAACAGUACAACUAUGAGAGACAGAAAUGACCUUGAUCCUGAGCCUUACCAAAGUUAUGAAGGUUCUGGUAAAUCAGCUAUUAGAACUAACGAAACGGGAAGAUAUCGCCCGAUUAAUGAUCCCAAUGGAAAUCAUUAUUUCCAACCGCAACGUGACCGUGAACGAAAAUCUGGGGUUGUUAUGAUGCAGUCUCAGCAAACCUGCGAUUACCAUAGUAAUUCUAACAGUAGCUCUCAACGGUCAAGCACAACUGAACCUCCAUUUAGAAAUAUGAUGCCAAAUCUUUCCGAUUAUAGCGUCCCUGUAGUGGUAAAUACAAAUCACGGUUAUCGAUAUGACGAUCGCUAUGUACGUUCACCAGGAUAUCAUCACAGCGGAGUACUUUCGCCUGGCCGCAUGUCUUAUUCAUCGCAUGGUACUGACAAUAACGACCAUCGACGUGGCCAUUUCAAAUGUAAUCAACCGUUACAAAUAUUAGAAGGAGUGAAGAAACGCCUGGAAGUAGAAGAAUUUGAGCACAAUGAAUGUGAGGAUUCAGAGUAUAGCAGUGAGCUAAGUGCAAAUACAAUUAAGCAAGCGGAGUAUCGAAUGGAUACGAAUCCGCCCCAUUUAACCGAAUCUAGAACUUCUCUAGGCGAAUCAUGCAAUGUUAAUAAGACAUCAACGAAGCCUAAAAGGAAGUCGAACAGUAGCAAAGGAACGACGGUGACUUACACAUUUUGUUCUGAGUCCGUCCCAUAUCGUAUCACUGUCCCUGGUAGAGAUAUAACAUUGGGCCAAUUCAAAGCAGUUUUAAGUAAGAAGGGAGAAUUCAGAUAUUUUUUCAAAGAAGAGUGUGAAGAUUUCGAAUGCGGUGCGGUAAUGGAAGAAUAUUCAGAUGAUGAAGAUCAGCUGCCGCUAUAUAAAGGCAAGAUACUAUGUAAAAUCGAAACGAUUAUUUAA